AUGAUACAUAAUAUAAUGAGCAUAGUCCACAAGACCUAUAACACAGUUUUAAUGUGUGUAUCUCAACUAACAUCUUGUGAUCACUCCGAAGUUAAGGAAAUACUAGAUUUACUUGGUCAAAGAUAUUUUAGAGAGCAAAGUAUAGCACAUCGUGGCAGAAGUAAACAAACAGUUUCUAAAAAUGUCAGAGAAAUUUUUGAUCAAACACAUGAAACAGAAAAAUUAUUACGAAUAACUUCACUAAUAGGUUGCGAAUAUGUUGCACGGUCUUUAGAGAUAUUAGACCACUAUUCUAAAGUUAUCAAUAUAUGUUUAAAAACGAAACAUGAAAAAAAUAAAGGAACUACAAUUGAAUGUAUGAAAAAUCUUAAGUCAUUUGGUACAGAAGCAAAUAAUAUGAUUACUUACUUUAUAAGUGCGUUGGAUUAUUUACAAAACCUCUUAAGAGGAGAUUACACGAACAAUUUUUUUCAAAAAUAUAUAUUUGAAUUAAAAAAAGUUGAGCAAAUUGAAAGUACUUUACCAGAAAACAAAGCAGUUUAUACUAGGACUGAUGAGGAAGUCAUAAUAAAUUAUGGAGAUAUUUCAAAAAUCAAAGAUAAAAUAAAUUUCUUAUUUGACACUAUAAAUCUUUGGAAUUAUCAAAAAUGUUCAUUUUGGUAUGAUGAAGGUAUUGGUUUUAAAGUAGACAACAGAGUAAGUGACGAAAAAUCAUCUAGUAAAGAAGUAAGUGUUGAAAAUUUAUCUUUUGAAAUAAUAUUAUAUAAUGAUAAGUAUUCUGAAAAUAUGAAAAAACUAUGCAACAAAUUAAUUGUAAAGUAUUACAACAUUCUUGGAUUUAAAUACGAUACAGAAAAAAAUGAAACAAUUUAUGAUAUUGAAAUGUAAUAUUAUAACAUAUUCCAAAUUGUAUUGUUUAAUAAAAUAUAUGUUGAGAAAAUAAAAUAAA